AUGCGGUGUAACAUAAAACGAUUAUUCACUUUGGCUAUCGGCGUUUUUGCGGCUACACUGGUCAUCAUCUCGUUCUCGAAAGACAACUACGAGCGAGAAUGGAAACAAGGACCACAAUCCAACGAAGCUCGACACGUACCUGUAGGCCAUGUUCUUCCCGAUGCACCAAUCCCAUCAUCACCAUCCUUCCCAACCGGACAAAACAGUCUUCCUCACCAGCCACUACCACCAAGCCUUGGCGAGAAAGACCUUAGCAAUCCAUUUAACUUUUUAUACCCAUCAAACAAAGUCACACUCCGAAAAUUGUUUGAACUAACGAAAGACAUCGAUUUCGAUCUGUUGAAGAGAAACGAGUGUAAAACGAAUACGACACUCUCAAAGUAUUGGGAAAACUCUCAGCAGAGAUACGUGCCAGAGGAUGACAACUGGGAGCGGUUCUACUCACACAUUGGAAGUUGUUCGGUGUACUCUGAUGACCAACUGAUUGACAACCUGCUCCAUGACCUUAACACAAGUCCCAUAAAACAUGUGCACAUUAUGGAUGGCGGCACUCAAGUCAAAUUUGUGUUCACCUUCAAAAAUGACAAACAGGCGGUGUUUAAACCGAUGAGGUUUGGACGCGAUUAUGAAUCGGAUCCCAAUCAUUUCUACUUCAGUGAUUUUGAAAGACAUCAUGCAGAAAUCGCAACGUUCCAUCUAGACAGAGUUCUUGGAUUCCGACGAGCCAUCCCAACUGUCGGACGAGUCCUCAACAUGACUACAGAACUCUUCGAGAAGGCUGAAAAGAAAUUGAAGAAGACUUUCUUCUUCUCUCCAGCCAAAAACUUUUGCUUCGUGUCUCGCUGUGAUUAUUACUGUGACACAACGCAUGCAAUCUGUGGUCUUCCGGAUAUGAAAGAAGGAAGUGUUCAAGUUUUCCUUCCCGAUGAGUCUGCAGUUCCACGAAAGCACAAUAGGAGUCCUUAUAGACGAACAUACUCCAAAAAGAAUCAAGUCGCCGAGUGGCAAUCAAGUAUAAGCUAUUGUACGGAUAAGGUCAAAACCAAGAAACAGUAUGCACAUGGGCGGCGGCUACUAGAUUUAGUAGAUAUUCAUAUUCUGGAUUAUUUGAUAGGAAACCAAGAUAGACACCACUUUGAAUCAUUCAACGUGUUCACGGAUCUCCCAUCCUAUGCUAUCCACUUGGAUCAUGGAAGAGCUUUCGGUAGAUCGGAUAUUGACGACGACGAUAUUAUUCUUCCUUUACGUCAAUGUUGUAUCAUCCGACCAUCCACUUUCAAGACCCUUCUCGACUUCUACGGUUCGCCAAAGUCGUUGACGAAAGCGCUGCACGAGUCUUUAUCCAAAGACCCGGCUCAUCCGAUUCUUGCCUACAAACAUUAUCCGGCCAUGGAAAGGCGAUUAAGCAAAGUAAUGGCCUACAUAUUGGAGUGCAUAGAGUCCCGAGGAGUUUCCGAAGUAUUAGUACCCGAAUACAACAAUCCGGAUGUCUCAGAUGUUGAUCAAAAUGAUGAAGAUCAGAGCGAAGAGCAUCAGGACAAGAAAGACGAAAAGAAAACAGUUUAG